AUGACGGUUUCUCAAUUGGACAAGAAGUUCAGUGAAUUGGAACGUUUUGGGGAUAACUUGGUCAAUACGCCGUUACGAAGAGCAAGAAAACUUCAGGAUGCACUGAAACCUGUCAUCUGUGCUAGGUUAGUACCAUGUCGCCUCACCACUUAUGAUGAUGUUCUUGAAACUUCAUUAGCUAUAGAAGCUGAUUGGAUCAAAAACCAAAAGGAAAGGGAGCCGAGAGAUCCCAAGAGGAACCAGAAGACGGACCCAUCGACUCAUCGAAAACGUCCGCGUACUGAUGCCACUGGGAAAGACGUUGCACCAAAACCUUGUUUUCACUGUGGAGUUGUGGGUCGCUACGCGAGGGAUUGUCCUAAAUCGAAGCCACUUGGACAACUAAAUGCAAUCUCGGGGCCUCCAAAUCAGAGACAGUUUCAGAAUGCCCUAAGGCCGAAUUUCCAAGCACGAAAACCAUACCAUCCGCAAAACAAUGCACCACCCUUCCAACCAAGAGGUCAGCCAAAUGUUCCGGGGCAGCUGAACCACAUUGCUACUGUUGAGAAGAGGACUGAAAACUCCGAAAUUGAGGGUAACUUCCUGAUCUUUAGUUCUCUUGCUAAAGUUUUGUUUGAUUCUGGAGCUACUCAUUCGUUCAUAUCAUUACAUUUAGCUGCUUAUCUUGGUUUGAAACCAGUACCCAUGGGGUUUACAUUGAACGUAUCUUCACCGCUAGGAAAUGUAGUGUCCCUUAGUAAAUUUUGCAAGGAUUGUGAGAUAACUUUUGGUGACUACAGAGUGAAAAUAGAUUUAAUAUCGAUGAGUCUCCAAGAUUAUGAUGUCAUUAUUGGUAUGAACUGGUUGUCACAAAACCAAGCUAUACUAGAAUGUUUUGAGAAGAAAAUCUCUUUCCAAUCAUCAGAUGGAAGUCGAGUGUCUGUCCAAGGAGAAAGGUGA